CAGGGGGAUGGGGGUGUCCGGCGGGGUGGGCAUCCCUCCCUGCUUUGGCACGGCCACCCCCACGGGGACAAUGAAUUUUGCCGGGGCACUUCGCCCUGGAGCAGCUGGGGAGCGCUCACACCCGCCGGCCCUCCAGAUCUGCUGGACUGUCCCCUCCAGGAGAGAAGCUGCGGUGGCUCAGCGUGUGCUGGGGGGAGCUGGGGCUGCCCCUAGCAGGAGGCAGCAGCCCUGUGGGAAUCCCUUAUGUUUGGUCUUUCCAGCUCCUGCCUCCUGUUCUGCUCCCCUCAACAGUGCAACUCAGACAGGGGAGAGGGGGUCUCUGUUGGACUGGGCUGCACUGGGUUUGGGGCAUCGCUCACACGCUGGUGAGAGCAGAACAGCUGUGUCCCUCGUGGGAUAUUCCCUGUGCUGGAAGGGAUCAUCUCCUCUGGGCUGCUGGUGUGGGAAAGGCACAGCUCCAUGGCUGGGGCAGGACUGGGCAUGCUUGCACUGUGCUGAGAGCCUGUAAGGGCUGGCACUGUGGGAGCUCACUUUAGCUCCACAAUCUCAGCGUGGUUAUUGGCCUGGAGGCUGCAAGCAGCUCCCUUGCACAUCACUUCGUUGCCCACACGGAUGGCCAGGUGCAGAGUAGACAGCCCAUCCCUGUGCCAGGCCAGCAUCUCUCUCCCACCCCUGCAGCCUCGGUGCCUCUCCCUCCGUGCUGGCUUCCCCGAAUCAACCUCAUGUCCACCCCGUCACCUGCUGCAGUGCAAUGGGCGUGGGGCAAGUGGGCACCUGGAGCUGCAACCCUGCAAAGCAGAUACGCCGGGCUGGGUGCUGCCAGGAGGCUGGACGGUGCAGGCGGAUGGGUGGCUGGGGUUGCCUCCCGAUGGUUCCCUGCAGCUCAUGGGAUGCAAGGGGCUGAGAGCGUGUGGGGGGAGGGUGUGGGGCACUCCUGGGUCUGUGCAAGCCAGUGGGCAUCAGAGCACCCACUCUGCAGGGCCUGAGAGGAGUGGUGGUGCCACCCUUCCAUUUGUGGGUGCAGGCACACCCUAAGCCCUGUGCAGGUGCUGCGGUGUCCCUCAGCACAUCAGAUGCAGGGGAGUGCGGGUGCUGCAACAAGUCCUUGUGGUCUGCAAGAAGGGCUGGUGCUGGGAACACGCAGCUCUGGCACUGGACACUGCUGGGACAGAGCUGGGAUGGAACCCCAGACUCUUCAUGUCUCCAGCAAUACCUGAGGUCCCCAAGAGUGUGCACUGGUGGUCCCCACUUGCCCCGGGGACAGCCAAACACCUACUGAUAGCUCCAUGCCUGCUGUGUCCCCCAGGAGCAGGGCCCUGGCCCCAGCCAGCGCUGUGCUGGGAUCUUCCACAUGGAGCACGGAACGGCCGCUGUCGGGGCCCCUGAGCCUGUGAGGGUCUGGCAGCCUGGCUCCGCAGCUGCCUCCACGCUGACGGCACCGGCUAUUCCCAGCCCUGCACACCAGUGCGUGUGCUGAGUCAGGGGCCUGGGGCACUGCUGCUACCCCUGCACCCUGGCACAGAGCCCUUCGUUUCCAGGGACCCUCGGGUCCCCUCCUGCACCCAAAUCCCAGCCCACCAGCUGCAGUACCCGCUCCUUGAGUGCCCAGCUCCAGCACCCAGGUGAUAGGCACAUCCAGCGAUUUAUCAGUCUAAUUAAAGCCUCAACAGCCUAAUCAAAGCCUUAUUGUCACUCCAGUAGUAUUUAUAGUGCCACUCGUCGCAGUGCGCUCCCAGUGCAGCUCCCGGUGCACUUGCAAUGCUGGAGAACUGACAUUCCCCAGGGAGAAGGGGUUAGGGGAGCUGAGGGUCAUUGCUUUGGCCCCUUCCUUGCUCUUACAGCAAGUAAUGCUCUCCCUUACUUCCAAAUUCGCUGGCUGGAGGCCAGUGCCCAGAUGGUGGGGGCUCGUGCUUGGCUCUCCCAGGGGCCCCUAAGGCAUUUUUUCCCUCCCCUGGCAGUGGUGACCGGCAGCCCCAGGGCUCUAGUACCUGGCAGGCUGUGGGGCAGCCACACUUACAAGUCUUUCUGUUUUCCUCGGACACCUUUCGAGCUCCGUCUUCCCGGUAGCACAAAUUAAUAUUUCAUGCACUUGGCCGGGUGAACUCGACACUGAGGGAAAGCAAUGACCCAGCAGAAGACAGGCGCAGCGGCCACCAGCGUGGAGGAGGCAGAGCCAUGGCAUCGCUGCUGUGCAACGCCCGCAUCCAGCUCACAGAGGAGCUGGAGCAGAUGCAGCAAGGGACGCUGAUGCGCAAAGUCAAGUCCAAGAACUGGAAGAAGCAGCGUUACUUCAAGCUGCAGGAUGACUGCAUGACCAUCUGGUACCAGUCUAAGAGGACAGGCAAAAUUGAGUCUGCUUUCUCUAUCAGUGAUGUGGAGACGGUGCGGGAAGGGCACCAGUCAGAGGUGCUGCAGAGCGUCGCAGAGGAGUUUCCACCUGAGCGCUGCUUCACAAUUGUCUUCUAUGGUCGCCGGGGCAAUCUGGACCUCAUUGCUGGCUCAGCAGAAGAGGCACAGUGCUGGGUCCAGGGCCUGCACCAGCUCAUCGAGGUGGCCACCAGCAUGGACCAGAAGGAGAAGAUAGAUCAGUGGAUUCGUGACUGGUUCCAGAAAGGUGACAAGAAUAAAGAUGGGCGCAUGAACUUCAAGGAGGUGCAGCGUCUCCUCAAGAUGAUGAAUGUGGACAUGAAUGAGGAUCAUGCCCUUCAGCUCUUCCAGGAUGCUGACAAGUCAGAGUCAGGGACUCUGGAAGGGGAGGAGUUCGUGCUCUUCUACAAGGCCCUCACGCAGCGUGAGGAGGUGCUGAGCCUCUUCCAGGACUUCUCAGAGGAUGGGAAGAAGCUGACACUGCUGGAGCUGGUGGAUUUCCUGCGACAGGAGCAGUUGGAGGAUCAGGGUACAGAGCAGCUGGCCAUGGAGCUCAUAGACAAGUAUGAGCCGUCUGAGACAGCCCGGGCUCGCCAUGUGCUGAGUGCCGAUGGGUUCCUCAUGUACCUCUGCUCCCCGGACGGCUCCAUCUUCAACCCUCAGCACCGGGAACUGUGGCAGGACAUGAGCCAGCCUCUCUGCCACUACUUCAUCUCUUCCUCCCACAACACCUACCUGAUAGAGGACCAGAUCCGGGGCCAGAGCAGCAUCGAGGGCUACAUCAGGGCUCUGAAACGGGGCUGCCGGUGCCUGGAGGUGGAUUGCUGGGAUGGGCCGAAUGGAGAGCCCAUGGUGUACCACGGUCACACCUUCACCUCCAAGAUCCCCUUUCGGGAGGUUGUAAGCACCCUGGGGAAGUAUGCCUUCAAGACCUCAGACUACCCGGUGAUCCUGUCCCUGGAGAACCACUGCAGCUUGGAGCAGCAGGAAGUCCUGGCCCAGCAGCUCAAGACCAUUCUAGGGGAAAAGCUCCUCACCACCACCACCAAUGGACGCAUCCCCAUCCAGCUCCCAUCCCCAGAGGAGCUGAAGCACAAGAUCCUGCUGAAGGGGAAGAAGAUCGGGCGGCUGGAAGACACACUGGAUGGGCCAGGAGAUGAGGCACCUGAUGUAUCUGAUGAUGACAAUGGGGCAGAGACGGAGGAAGAGAAACGGAGGGCAAAGAAGGACAAGGAGAGCCUGGCACAGUCAUUGUCAGACUGCGUCAUCUACUGCAAGAGUGUGUCCUUCCGGGGCUUCCAGGAGGCCCGCAGACAUUCUCGGCCCUCCGAGAUCUCCUCCUUUGCUGAAGCCAAGGCCAGGAAGCUCAUCCGGGAUGCAGGGAAUGAGUUUGUCCGCCACAACGCCUGGCAGCUGACACGCAUCUACCCCAGUGGGAUGCGGACCGACUCCUCCAACUACAACCCGCAGGAGAUGUGGAACGUGGGGUGCCAGAUCGUGGCCCUGAACUUCCAGACAGCUGGCACCGAGAUGGACCUGUGUGAUGGGCUCUUCAGCCAGAAUGGCCGCUGUGGCUAUGUGCUCAAACCACCCUUCAUGAGGGAUGAAGAGACGCUCUUCGACCCCAGUGACCCCAGCAGCUGGGAGAGCCCUGGCCCCAUCACCCUGACAAUCCAGGUGAUUAGCGGGCAGCAGCUGCCCAAAGUAGCCAACAGCAAGGAGGGAGCUGUCAUCGACCCGCUGGUGCGCGUGGAGAUCCAUGGGGUCCCCAUAGACCAGGCGCGCCAGGAGACCAAGUACAUAGAGAACAAUGGGUUUAACCCUCGUUGGGAUGAGACGCUCCAGUUCCAGCUCCACACGCCCGAGCUGGCUCUCGUCCGCUUUGUGGUAGAGGAUUAUGACAAGACCUCCAGGAAUGACUUCGUCGGUCAGUUCACCCUAGCUUUUGCCAACAUCAAACCUGGCUAUCGCCACAUCCAUCUCCUCUCCAAGGAUGGCACCAGCAUCCCACCGUCUUCACUCUUCGUCCACAUCCACAUCACUGAGCCACCAGGCCCUAAGCAAGACUGAGCCCACAGGGUGGAGCAGGACCCAGAGCAAAGCCAUUGAGCUGGCCCUGAGCAGCCAAGGCCACGGAGCCAACCGCAUUGCCCUCUUGUUGAGCCGUUUGUGUCAUCCCUGUGUCGUUGUCGCUGUUGUGCCCCCAUUUACAGUGGCCUCUGGAGCCUGGGAAAAGGCACCAACAUCCACUUUCCAGGUUGGGGAGGCUGCCUCCCAGGCAUGAGUGUGGGGUCUGCACUGGUGUGGUCCCCCAUGCCCUGCCCUGGCCCACAGGCACGGCUCAGUUCCAAGGAGGAGAGAUGGUGCACAGCACCCUGGCUCUGCCACAGGGGCUGGUCCCCCCCCAGCCUGGGAGCAAGGCUGGAGCCCAGCAAACCUCAGGGCUGGGCAGAGCUGGGAGAGGAAUUGGUCCUCACUGUCCCCUGACCCUGCAGAGCCCCAUUGCAGUCCCUGGCCCCCACAGCCCCCAGGGCUCUCCUGGCCGGUGCCAGUUACCCUUGCCCUGUCCUUUCUCUGCAAGCAACCUAAUAAAUUGUUUGG